GAAGGCUAGCAACACUCAGUUUUUCAGUCACUCAAAAAUGGGGUUACUGUCAAUUCAUUUUAAACCCAAUUUUUUGGGUUUAUUAAAAUGUUUAAACAAAUUAAACUGGUUUAUUGUAUUUUUUAGUUUAAUAAAUCUGUCGGUUUGCAUUUACGAGGACCAGAUAGGCAAAUUCGAUUGGCGUCAAACAUACGUGGGAAGGAUCAAGUUUUCCCAGUUUGAUACAGUAUCCACCGCCAAGAAAAUAAUUGUCGCUACAGAGGAAAAUGUUCUGGCUGCAUUAAAUUUGAAGACUGGUCAAGUAGUAUGGCGUCACGUUUUCGAGAGUACCUCUACGGGCAACAUUCAACUGCUGCAUGUCACAGAGAAGGUUGUAACUGUAACGGGAUCCAACCCCUAUUUGGUACGAGGAUGGGAUUCUUCCACAGGUGUACUCCUUUGGGAAUGGUCACUAACACUACAGAACGAGGAACAAUCGGAAUUCUCAGAAUUUUGGGUGCAGAACAAUAUGCUGGUCCACAUGCUGCCUGUUUUUGGAUCUCAUGUCGAAGUCAGUAUGUACAACCUGCUCUCUGGACAAAACCGAGGCGCCACUUCGAAACUGCCAGCCACUUGGACUAAUGAUGGGUGUGUCCUAUCAGCGCCCUACUACACGUGCAUAUCAGGCGGCGUGGGAACCCAACAGCUGCUCUCCCUCGACGUCACAUCAAACGCCGUACAAUUGCUCAGCCGACCGAUAUCAGAAUACGUCACCGUCAAUACUUACGACGGAGGGCUGCGACCUCUUGACACCAACAAUGUAAUUCCAGCGUUCACACUAGAUGACAAAAAGAUAGUUCUGAUCAGAAACAACCAGUUUGAGAUACUGAAGACUGAGGUUGUGGACCCGUCGGCCAGUGUGGCUUUGGUGGAUACUAUGCAUGGACAAGUUAUAUUGCAAGCUUGGUUUGAUGAAAAUGAGGGCUUCACGGUGAAGGCGCACAACGCGGCGACAGGCGCAGAGGUCCCGGAACUGCGCGUGCUGGAGCCGGAGCUGAAGCUGGCCGAGCCCGAGCUGGCGGCCGCGACGUGCAGCCGGCCGCGCGACCAGCUCGCCUGCAGGCUGCUGCUCACCGGGGCCGAUGACUCCGUACAUCUGAUGCAGCAAGGGGGUCGUGUUAUCUGGUCGCGAGAGGAGGCGCUCGCUAAUGUUGUAGCUGUGGAGUUUGUUGAACUGCCCGUUUCUGACCUCGAUGCUGCCAUCGAGUCCGAAUUUGACCAGAAAGAAGGUUCGAUCUGGGCGGCGUUCACCCGUCGCCUGCAGACGCAGUUCCAGCAGCUGCAGACGCUGAUCCAGAGCCUGCAGAAGGGCGAGGGCGAGGAGGACGAGGCGCCGCCCGCCCUCGUGCGGGACUACUUCGGACUGCACAAGAUUAUCGUGCUUGUCACCGAUGUUGGCAAGAUAUUCGGUAUGGACAACCUGUCGGGCGCGCUGCUGUGGCAGUACUACGAGCCGAGCCUGGACACGGAGAACGUGUUGGUGUACACGCGCCGCACCGCCCGCUACCCGCCCUACGACGCAUAUGUCACUAUCGUGGGGAAACAUGAGGAAUCCGGCAACGGUCUGAUCAUAAGUUUGAACCCCAUAACCGGCGCGUUGAUCGGCGAGAAACUAAUGCACCUAGACGUGCAGCUGCUACAGUGCGCGCUCUUACACCGGCCUGAUAACGAGAAGCUGUACGCGCUCAUACUGCUCGACAAGGACGAAAAUGUUCAGAUCUUACCCGGAUCAGCGGCGCCGCUCGUUGAAAACAUGUACAUGUAUGUAGCAGAGAAAAACACUGCGCGUGUGCAGGGAUACGCUCUUGUGUAUGACGGAAGGUCGCUGUGGGCGCGGCGCACGUGGCAGGUGCAGCUGGGCGGCGGCGGCGCGGCGCGCGUGGUGCUGGCGGCGCGCAAGGCGGCGGCCGAGCGCGUGCACUCGCCGGGCCGCGUGCUGCCCGACCGCUCCGUGCUCUACAAGUACCUCAACCCCAACCUCGUGCUGUUCGUCACCGAGGGCCCCGACCCGCUGCACAAGGACGUGGUGGUGGCGACAUGCGUGGACGCGGUGUCGGGCGCGGUGGUGGCGGCGCAGACACACCGGCGCGCGCGCGCGCUGCCGCUCGCGAUACACACCGAGCACUACCUCGCCUACCUGUACUACAACGACAAGCAUCGCCGCACUGAGAUCGCGACGCUGGAGCUGUACGAGGGCCAGUCCCGCUGGCUGGGCGCGGGCGCGGCCUUCAGCUCGCUGGCGGGGCGGCGCGCGCCCAGCGUGGAGCGGCAGGCCUACAUCCUGGCCGCCGCGCCCGCCGCCGCCGCCACCACGCGCACUGAGAAGGCGCUCACCGACAAGCACGUCAUACUGGCGUUAUCUUCUGGCGCGCUGGUGGAGAUCCCGUGGGGCUACCUGGAGGCGCGGCGCGGCGGCCUGGCGGAGGACGGCAGCGUGAUCCCGGCGCAGGCCAGCCCGCCCGAGCUGCUGCUGGGCGGCGACGCGCGCCUCAACUACAACCGCUCGCUGGCGCGGCCCGCGCGCGUGCACGCCGCGCCCGCCGGCCUCGAGUCCACCAGUCUGGUGCUCGCCACGGGGCUAGAUCUGUUCUACACGCGAGUAGCCCCAUCAAAAACGUUCGAUCUAUUAAAGGACGACUUCGACUACUACCUGAUCACGAUAGUUUUGGCAGCGCUCAUCCUCGCCACCUACAGCACCAAGUACUUCGCCUCUCGGAAGAUCCUCAAGAUGGCGUGGAAGUGAUCACCGUAGCAACACAACUAAACAGGGAAUUUGGACUCUGUUGUCGGGAGAAUAAAGCUCAGAUAUGAGCGGUGACCCCUUUAGUAAGAUGUUAACUUAGGCUGUACAGCGUAACCUGCCUUGUCUGAGGUAUUUAUAACAUGAACGUAAAUAUCGGCGGAUAGAUAGUGUGUGUGCGAAUAAUGCUCGAAUUCGGUAACCUUUUCAUCUGUGCUUCGUACUAGACAUAGAAAUCUGACGUAAAAUGUUUAAGAAUACGUCAGUAUUCUACCUCUCGUAGGAAUCACAGAUAGAUCGGUUAUUUUUGCUUGUAUGAAAGAAAGUAUUUUAUAUAACAUACUAUUGACGCCAAGUCGUUAAUUAGUUAUACCGCGUUAAUACACGGUUUCGACUGUAUUUAAAUAAUAUGUAGUUUCAAACAAGUAACUAAUCUAACGAAAAAAUAUAAGAUAUUAACUAUAAUUAAAUUAUAAAACAUCCAAAUAAAUGUAAUUCUUAAUGUCUGUAACACUCUGCCUAAAGUUUUCGACGCUAUUUCGUAUUAAACUUUCUAUAACUCGACCGUGCCAUGAUCAAUCUUGAGUAUUUCAUAUUUUCUCUCGGCUGUAGAUUGUAAUAAAAAAUACUUCUGAAAUGACACAAGGUAGCAAACCUAAAACCAAAUUAGUAAAAUCUACUUUAUUGCUUUGAAAAUAAAGUCGCUUUCAAUGAAUAGACGACUACAAGUAUUCGUAAUCCAAAAUUAUAAGAUUAAAUUAAUUCAAUAAUGUUUGCUUCAUUCAAAAAACCUUUUAAAGAUAAAGAAAUGUUAUUGUCUUUAUAUUUAUAAUAGAAUUGACAUUCCAUUGCCAUAUUUUCCGACACAGUCCAAAUUCCUCUAUUUUAAUGGACAUUAAUAAAAAUAAUAGUUACGUGAUUGUGCAUAGUGAUUGUUCACAUUAAGUAAAUGAAUACAUACACUGUAAUAUAUUAAAGACAUACGCUCAGUUGUAUAUGUGUGGGUACGUAAGAAGAAAAUGUUAGAAAUGCUUUUAUGAAAUUUUCGAUCAUUAAAAAUUUAUUACAAUUUCAAUCGAAACAUUUGUUAAUAUGCCCUUCACACAGAUGGCGUCGCAUUAAUCCUAUUUUGUACGAUUUUCGUCUUUGAAUGACUUCGACCAUACAGACAUGGACAACCUAGACAUUUAAGAUUGAAUUCGCCGAAACUGAGAGGCCUAAGAAAUAAGUUUCAUUACCUACUUGAAAAAAACUAGCGUAAUACACACAUUUGCAACUUAACGUAUGUCGUUCUAACUGGUGUUUCUGGAUCAAUUCAGUGAUCAAAUUUAUUUAUAUAGACGCGGUUUGUACAGUUUCACGUGUCACUAUUCAAGUUGGUAAGAUAUUCGUAAAUGCAGAACCAGUAAACAGUUGGAAAGAUAU